UAACUUUCAGUAUUUUUUAUUCUUUUCAUUAAUACUGUGGAGGAAUAGUUGGUAGGAACUGAGAAUUAAUUUUGCCCUCUUUCUCCAGAAGUUGUGUCUAGAGAGUACAUUAAUCUAUAAAUUAAUCUGUUUAUCAUAAACAAUGAAGAGAGGUACAUUUUAAAGAUGUUCUGCCCCAGCUGGUGUGACUCAGUGGAUUGAGUGCUGGCCUGUGAACCAAAGGGUCAUUGGUUCAAUUCCCAGUCUAGGGCACAUGCCUGGGUUGUGGGUCAGGUCCUCAAUAGGAGGCACAAGAGAGGUAACCACACGCUGAUGUUUCUGUCCCUCUCUUUUUCCCUCCCUCCAUGAGGGGUAGGGGAGAUUUUCCUAUAAUUAUUCUGGUUAAUGCCAGAAGUGAUCUUAGUGAAUGGAUAUUAAGUCACUCUUCUUGGUCACUAGUAGAUAGCACACCUAGAACUCAGAUACCACCUUUUGACUUGACAUCAAGUCCAACAUACUGUUUACUAUGUUUUUCAUUUUGCCCUCUUCUGAUAGGAUUUGCGUGUGUAUAUGUCAACAAAAAGAUGUUUAUAGCUCUGUCACGUGUUCACCUGACCAAAUGCCAUGUUCCUUCUUUUCUCUUUUUGCAGCUCAAAUGGUCAGAUACAUGAAAGAAAUUCAAGGCAGAAAUCAAACCCAAGUGACAGAAUUUAUCCUCUUAGGAAUCUCAGACAACUCAGAUCUACAAGCUGCCCUUUUUGUAUUGUUUCUGUUCAUCUAUAUGGCAACUAUGGUGGGUAAUUUAGGGAUGAUCAUGUUAAUUAAGAUUGAUCCUCAUCUCCACACUCCCAUGUAUUUUUUUCUUGGUAGCCUCUCCUUUGUUGAUGCCUCUUACUCUUCUUCUGUUACACCCAAGAUGCUGGUGAACCUUGUAGCUGAGAAUAAGGGUAUUUCUUUUAAUGGAUGUGCUGCCCAGUUCUACUUCUUUGGCUCCUUCCUGGGGACCGAAUGCUUUCUGUUGGCCAUGAUGGCAUAUGACCGCUAUGCAGCCAUUUGGAACCCUCUGCUAUACCCAGUUCUCAUGUCUGGGAGAAUUUGCUUCUUCCUAGUAGCUACCUCAUUCCUAGCAGGCUUUGGGAAUGCAGCCAUACACACAGGAAUGACUUUUAGAUUGUCCUUUUGUGGGUCUAAUAGGAUCAAUCAUUUCUACUGUGACACCCCACCCCUACUCAAACUCUCUUGCUCCGACACCCACAUUAAUGGCAUUGUGAUCAUGGCUUUCUCCAGUUUUAAUGUCAUCAGCUGUGUUUUGAUUGUCCUCAUUUCCUACCUGUGUAUCCUCAUUGCCAUCUUGAGAAUGCCUUCAUCAGAGGGCAGGCAUAAAGCCUUUUCUACCUGUGCCUCCCACAUCACGGCUGUCACCAUAUUCUUUGGGACAAUUCUCUUCAUGUACUUGCGCCCAACAUCUAGCUACUCAAUGGAACAGGACAAGAUUGUUUCUGUAUUUUAUACUGUAGUGAUCCCUAUGCUAAAUCCCCUCAUCUACAGUUUGAAAAAUAAGGAUGUGAAAGAGGCCCUAAAGAAGAUAUUAGAGAAAUACAUAACAUAAAGCCAUGUGACACUUCAUCCUGUUAUGUAAAAGAAAAUGUUUCCAUAUCAUUAUUUUUUUCUGAUUGCUUAAGCUUUUUCUUUUGUGCUAAAGUAGAUUGUUUAAAAUAAAUUAUACUUAAUCUGGUGUCUUAUAGGUAUAUCCAUGGCCUGUAUGAUAAAUCAUCAUAGUGGGGGAGGGCAGUGCCUGGCAAAUUAGCAAAACUUUUGGAGUUGUCUGACUUAAGUUCCAGUUUUAAUAUUUAGCUUUUCUUAAUAUCAAUUUUAUUGUGUAUAUAUGUUGUAAAAAUUGUGAAAGAAACCCAGGUAUUUGUACUUCCACAAUGAUCUGUUUUGGAUAUGGGCCACCCACUGGGAAGGGGAAUGAUCUUGGGCAUGCCAAAUCCUUUAAACAGGGACAAUUCCAAGAGCAGAACUCAGCUGUGUAGUUAAACUUGGAAGCUGGAGAAAUAAAUACUUCAACUCUAAGAAGCAAAUCUGGAUAGUUUAUCUCAGCAUUGCUGUGAAUAAUAACACUAUUCCACUCACAAGGCUGUCAAGAAUACUAAAUAAGAUACAAAAAAGUGUCUACCAAGCUUAUAGUAAUAUGGCUGCAACAGCCACAAUGGGGGAUUAUUAUACUAACUUUGUGAUUAAUUGUGAUAUUUUGAGGGUAGUAAUAGAUAUAUUUUAACUUUUUAUCUCUAUUCCUCCCAAAUCUUUCCACAGUUUUCAGUAAACAUUUAUCAAACUAAAUUAUCUAUCUUAUUAUUCACUGUAGGGGGUGAGGGACUGUUGAUGUUGGAGCAAUGAG